AUGUGGCCGUCCGUUUACGAGCUAUCUACAGCUACUCGUGAUGCAGUAGACGCGCCGGAUAGCUUCUCAAACACGCGUGCGCCGCCCGUUCAAACCCGAACGCCGUCCUUACAGUCGACGCGGGAGGCGGCUAAGGCAGCUAGCAGCUUCACAGACAGGCGCGCGCUGGCCGUUCAAACCCUAACGCCGCCUCCCGGUACUAGUCACACUCCUGCACGCCCCGUUUCCCCUUCUGUAGCGCCGUCGCCUGUAGCCAAAUCGGAUCCGGACUAUGACGAGGACUACUAUAGCGAGGAUAACGGGCUGGACGAAUCCGGGCCUGAAGACGUGGUUUGGGUGGGAAACAUUUCUCCGGGCAGCAAUCCGACCCCGCUGCCCGACGACAAAAUGUUGCUGAAGCGGAAUAGGCGAUCAACGACGAGUGGGGCUGCGGCGACGGGCAGCGACAACGUACUGGCAGCGCUCAGGUUGAAGGUUCUCUUUCCCUCGGGCGCGCAGGGGAAGUCGAAGAAGGGGAAGCAGGUGGUGCGGAUUUACUUCGACGUGCGCAAGAUCGUCGGCAACGAGACGUGCCGCGACUGCCUCGUGUCGUGCGCGCUGGACCAAUGGAUGAUUCCGUGCGACACGUGGCGAGUGCGGCUGACGGACGUGCAGGACGGUUACCACCGGUUCGACGUGGUGGCGCAGGAGAAAAGCGGGCAGGCGAGCGGGUGGGGCAUUCUGGACUUCGUGGUGGGCGCGCCGGGCGGAGUGGAGGCGGGAUCAGUGGCAGCAGUGCCCAUGCAGCCCAGCAUGACCUACACGAGGAUCACCCAGCAGAGCAACCGCUCCCACGUCACCAUCCUCUUCAACCGCCCCUGCCCUGCCUUCCGCUGCAACGCACACUUCUGCUCGUGUGGCCCUCUUAACUCCCCUAUGCCCCUCCCUGUGCCUGUGCCUCCUUAUGGCGGUUUCAAUUCCUCUCACCCCUCCAUCCCUCCGCCACCCGUCCCCCACCCUCUCCCACGAAGCCCAACACCCCCCCUCCCUCCACUUCCCUCACCGCUCCCUCAUGCCUCUCUCCCUCUCCCUCUGUACCUCCCUGUUCGACUGUGCCACCAGCUGAGAGUGCGUGAGAUUGGAGUCAUUGACUAUGCAUCGUGGCGGCAGGUGCAGAGGGGGCGAGAGUACACAGUGGACGUUGCUUACCCUCCUGCCUCACUCCCCCUCCCUCUCCCUGUUCGACUGUGCCACCAGCUGAGAGUGCAGGAGAGCGGCAUUAUAGACUAUGCGUCGUGGAGGCAGCUGAGAGUGCGUGAGAGUGGAGCCAUUGACUACGCCUCCUGGCAGCAGCUGAGAGUGCGCGAGAGCGGGGUUAUUGACCAUGCAUCGUGGCGGCAGGUGCGGUGGGGGCGAGAGUACACAGUGGACGUGCUGCCCACGGAGCUCACGGGGCGGGUGGUGGUGCGCGUGCGGGAGGACGCGUGUGGUAACCGCACGUUCGUGCAGCAGGGCAACAACACCGUCAUCCGCAUCCGCUAUGUGAAGCAGGGCAACAACACCGUCAUUCGCAUCCGAUAUGAUCUGAGCAAUUUCACAGUGGCGCUGUUGGCAGCCGCCAUGCAGCCGGUCAGCCUCACAUCUCUCACCGACACCUAUGGAGACCAGCUCGCUUCCUGGCUCUUCUCCUCCCACCGCCCCCUCGACCUCGUCUUCUACCUCGUCCUCUCCACUCGCAUCCCCUCCGUCGCCCCGCUCACCCCCACUGUGGCGAAUAUCUCUGAGACUGCUGCUGGGGGUGAUGAGGGUGAUGAGGAGAGUGAAGCGGAAUCGGAUGCUCCGUUGAAUUUCGAGGAGACCGCAGGAGGAGGUGCGGGAGGAGUGGGGGGGAGAACAGGGCCUGCCGCAGCAGGGGUGUCAAGAGCGGCACUAAGCUCUGGGAAGGCGAGGAGCGCAGGCGGUGCAGCAGGUGACGCAGCAGAAGAUGGCACGGAUGCGACAAGCUCUGCGUCGUCGCUGAAGCAGCGGCUGCUCAACUCGCUCAACGUCACUGGCGGCUACCCGGUGGUGCUCGCCCGGCUUUCAGGCCGGCUGUUCAAGUUCCGCGUGAUCAUCCAUUCUCCCUGCCAUCCCUCUUCCUCCUGCCAUCCCUCUUCCUCCUGCCAUCCCUCUUCCUCCUGCCAUCCCUCUUCCUCCUGCCAUCCCUCUUCCUCCUGCCAUCCUGCUUCCUUCUGCCAUCCCUCCCUACCCUCCUCUGACCGCCAGGUGGUGCCAUUUGUGAACCCGGGCAUCAUCACAGUGACAGUGAAGCCCAACACGCUCGUGAGUGUGCACGGCAACCUCAACCAGCAGUCCAACACCGCGGCCAUCAUCUUCGGUGCGUGCCUGCAGCCCUCAGAAUGGCUGAGUAUCAUUGUUACGUUAUUAUUCAAAUCCCAACGCCUCGUGAGUGUGCACGGCAACCUCAACCAGCAGUCCAACACCGCCGCCAUCAUCUUCGGCACCCACCCGGCCAGCAUGCACCUGUCUCUACUGCAUGACCACCACACCCACUUCCUAUUUUCCUUGACUCCUUCUAAGCCCCCACGCCUCUUCCCAACCCACCCCACCAUCCCCCCCGACCCAAACACCUGCCAGGCCAGGCACCCACCCAGCCAGCCAGCAUGCACCUCUCACUCCUGCAGCACCCUAGCACCUACCGCAGUGGACUGGGCUCGGGACCCAUCAUGUGGCAGCACUGCACCGGACAACACCGCCCCUGCUGACUCCUCCUCGCUGCCCUCGCCACCCUCGCUGGCUUCAGUGCUGCCCUCUGCAUCUCAUCCGUUCCUACCUCACCCCAUACCUCUCUCCCCUGUUGACCUGCCAGGCACUCACCCCGCCAGCAUGCACCUGUCACUCCUGCAGCACCCCGACACCUACCGCAGCACCCACCCAGCCAGCAUGCACGUGUCACUCCUGCAGCACCCCGACACCUACCGCAGUGGGGUGGGCUCAGGGCCCAUCAUGUGGCCCCCGGGCAGCACCGCACCCACCCAGCCAGCAUGCACGUGUCACUCCUGCAGCACCCCGACACCUACCGCAGUGGGGUGGGCUCAGGGCCCAUCAUGUGGCCCCCGGGCAGCACCGUGCCGGACAGCACUGCCCCUGCUGACUCCUCCUCACUUCCCUCCUUCUGACUCCAUCCCUCCCCCCACAGGCACCCACCCAGCCAGCAUGCACGUGUCACUCCUGCAGCACCCCGACACCUACCGCAGUGGGGUAGGCUCAGGGCCCAUCCUCUGGCCCCCGGGCAGCACCGUACCAGACAGCACUACCCCUGCUGACUCCUCCUCGCUGCCCUCGCCACCCUCGCUGGCGCCAGUGCUGCCCACAGCGUCGCCCAGUAAUGGAUCGAACUCAGCAGCAGGGGGAGCAGCAGUAGGAGGAGCAGGAGCAGUAGCAUCAGAAGCAGCAGGGGCAGCAGGAGCAGCGGCGCCGGCAGCAUCGUAUAAGGUGGCGCAGAGGGAGCUGACGUUUCUGAUCAACGCGUCGGCGCCGGUGUCUAGCAUACGGCAGGGCACGAUCGUGGUGAAUGGGACAGACGGUGCCCGCGUGGAGUGGGUGGAGCGGGUCAGCCCAGCGGCCUUCCUAGCUCGCAUCACCCUGCCCCAGUCAGGACCUCCCCCUGCCGCCCUCUCCAUCUCCCUGCUUCCCGGCGCCGCCACCACCCCCUGGGGCACCACGUCGCUCGCCUCCAACACCAUCCAACCCCCUGGGGCUCCAUUGGAUAACCUCCCCCUGGGGCUCCAUUGGAUAACCUCCCCCCCUCUGCAUGUCAUCGCAUCGCUCUCCGUCUCCCUGCUUCCUUCCUGCUGCCGCAACCACCUUCGUUCUCCCCCAUUCCGCCCUACCUCUCUAUACCACUCCCCAUGCCUCCCCACCGCUCCCCACCACUUUUCACCCUUCCCCCUCUCCCCCAACCCAGACGCGCCCUCAGCCAUGGCCAGCAUCAUCGGCACCACCAUCAGCGUCACCACGGUCACAGCAGCAGCUCUCUCCGCGCUCUACUCGCUCUCCUCCUCUGCCCUUACCACGCGCGGCCUCCUCCCCCCCAUGCACGGCCGCCUGCCCCUCUCCCCCUCCAGGAACCUGCUCCACAUGUUCUCAUCUCUGCAAGUGUUUGCCUUCGCUGCGUGGUUGCGAGUCGACCUGCCUCUCACCUUCCUGGAAACUGCGCAGCAGCUCUGCUGGGUGUUGCCGCAUGCCCCCCUGCCCUGGGCGCAUGACUCGCCAGUGUAUGGGGAGGAGGGGGAGGACGGGGGGGAGGUGGGCGAGGGGGGAGCAGCAGGGGUGGGAGCAGGAGAAGCAGGUGGCAACAAGUCCGCCCCUUCCUCCCCAACUGACGCCCGUUUGGACCCCCCUGCUCCCACUCCCUCACCUGCUGUCACCGCUCCUGCAGGAGUGCCAGUGGGUGCAGUGGCAGCACGGGGUGGGGUGGUUGGAGGCACGGGAGGAACAGCAGCAGCAACAGCAGCAGCAGCAGCAGCAGCAGCAGCAGCAGCAGCAGCAAGCAGUGCGCCUGCUGUGGUGCCUCCGGCUGUAGCAGGGAAGGCGGCUGCUACAGCCACUGCUGCUGCUGCAGCAAGGGCAGCUGCGACGACCAGAGCAACAGCAGCAGCGACAGCAGCAGGAGAAAUCACUGGAGCAGCCGCCAAGGCUACAGCCGCAGGAGCUGCAGCACCAACAGAUACUACAGUGGCAGCAGGGCGUUUGACAGGGCCAAAGGAGUUUGGUCCGGUUGCUGCUGCAGCAGAUGCGGUGAUGGGGGAUGCAGAGGGUGGUGUGGAGGAUAGUGGGGCUUCUGCUGUGGAGAGGCACCUGAGAGAGAGGAGAGGCGGGGUGACAAGAGGAAGAGGUGGGAGUGUGAUGCUUGAAGAGAGUGAGGAAAGGAAUGAGGAGGAGAGUGAGGAGGUGAGUGAGGACGGCGGGAUUGAGGAUAGUGUAGAGAGGAGUGAGAAGAAGAGUGAGGAGGAGGGAAGGGAGAGAGGAGAGGAGUUUGUCGUGGGGAGUGAGGAGGAGAAAGAGGAUGAGAGCGAAGGGGGGAGUGAGUCGAGUGAUGAGGAGAGUGUGGAGAGUGAAGAGGGCGGACGUAAGGACAGUGAAUGGAAGGAAGAGAGAGGGUGGGGUAGCCGGAAGAGGGGAGUGGGGAGAGGCGAGAGGGGAGUGGGGAAGGGCGAGAGGAGAGUGCAGGGUCUGGCCAGCGUGCAAUGGAGGUUGCGAGAGAGGGUGGGCGCAUGGGGGAAGAGGAUGGGGGGAGUGUUGCUUGGUGGGGGAGGAGAGAAAGCAGCACUGUGGAAGGUCGUGCAGAGAUGGGUGUGGGGAGGGAUAAGAAGGGGUGUUGGGAAGGCAGGGACUACGGGGAGUCGAGGGGCGGAGGUGGAGGAUAGCAGGGCAGGUGGGGUGCAGCACAGCAACUAUGGUGGUGAUGAUGGUGGUGAGAGUGAUGGCGACGCUGCCAUGCAAACAUUCCAAGGGCAGACCAUCCUGAGCCGCAUGGGGAGUCAGGAGGCUAGCCAAGGGGGCACAAGCGCAGCUGGCGCCAGCAGCACAGCGGCCCCUCCCAGCCACACAGACAACGCCAGGGAUGACCUGUCGAGGGCCAUGAAGCAGGAGAAGCUGCCCUGGCCCAUGCGCCGCCUCCUUGUCUUCUCUGCUCAACCCCCUCACCCCUCUAACCCCUCUAACCCCUCUAACCCCACUAACCCAUCUAACCCCUCUAACCCUACUAUCCUUCCUAUUCCCUCUAACCCAUCUUCGUCGGUCAUUCUUCCCUUCCUCAACGUCCCCAUUCAACAGCUUCUGUUCAGUCAUACUCAGCUGUCCAUUCUCCUGCCCUUCCCUGCUCCGCUCUGCUCUGCCCUCUCCUGCCUUACCCUGUCCUGCCCUGCCCCGUCUCCCCCUCCCUCCGCUGCCCCGUCUCCCCCUCUCUCCGCUGCCCCGUCUCCCCCUCUCUCCGCUGCCCCGUCUCCCCCUCUCUCCGCUGCCCCGUCUCCCCCUCUCUCCGCUGCCCCGUCUCCCCCUCUCUCCGCUGCCCCGUCUCCCCCUCUCUCCGCUGCCCCGUCUCCCCCUCUCUCCGCUGCCCCGUCUCCCCCUCUCUCCGCUGCCCCGUCUCCCCCUCUCUCCGCUGCCCCGUCUCCCCCUCUCUCCGCUGCCCCGUCUCCCCCUCUCUCCGCUGCCCCGUCUCCCCCUCUCUCCGCUGCCCCGUCUCCCCCUCUCUCCGCUGCCCCGUCUCCCCCUCUCUCCGCUGCCCCGUCUCCGCUGCCCCGUCUCCGCUGCCCCGUCUCCGCUGCCCCGUCUCCGCUGCCCCGUCUCCCCUGCCCCGUCUCCCCUACCCCGUCUCCCCUGCCCUGUCUCCACCAUUCACUGGCUCGCCAGUCCGACAUGCAGCUACAACAGGAGGCACUGGCGCGCAUGCAGUACCCCUCCGCCUCUCAGGUCGCCAUCAACAUAGCAUGCUGGGCGGGCCUGCCCUUCGUGGCGGUGGUGGUGGUGGUGGUGAAUCUCCCUUUCCUCCUUGCCUUUUUCCUCCGCAACAUCGCCUGCAAGAACAAAACCGUGGUCUACCAGCUCCCUUCGUCCAGCUCAGCCCAUGGUACGUGGCACAUCACAGACCCUGCCACGUGUCCAGCUUUCAUUGGCAGUUGGGGGCUGCUAUUCGAGGCUCAGUGGGGCGGCAACCAGACCGGAGGAGCAUCCGUGGUCCGAACUACCGGUGCAGGUUCGGGCCGAGGAAGUGGUUCAGGUUCAGGCCGAGCCAGCGGCUCGCCUUUAGGCUCAGCUUUUGGCCGAAGCGGCUUUUCUGGCCGGGCAGCAGCUGUCCAUCCAGUUGGGUUUGGGGAGGGAGGAAGAGGAGGAGGAAGUGGGGAUGCGGGGCAAUGGAGAAUUGUGAAGCACGAUGGGUAUGGAGGAGGGGGGGGCUGGUGGGAAGUGGAUAAUUCGUUCACGCAUGGGCGCGGGUAUGCUCGUGCGCAUGCAGCCAGUGCAUACGGCCACGGCACAGCAGACAGCCACUCGGCCAUGGAUAAGGCAUGGCGUGGGCUGCAAUGGGCGUCUGGGUGGGCAGGCAUAGCGCACAUGCCUCUCGACCUCUGCCUGCGCUGCUCCCUCGCCGUUGUUGUUGCCAGCUACAGCUGGAUGGCCCAUCCUGCCAGCUCAGCAGAUCCUGCCAGCUCAGCAAGAGAUGCGUGUGCGCAGAGCACGGUGCUGCUGGUGCUGGCGUGCUGCCACCUGCUCUACCUCGCCCUCGCCCGUCCCUUCAUCAGCACGACUCUCCUCCUCUCUGCCCUCCUUGCCUCCGCCUCACACGUUUCUCUCUUCUCCGUCGCUCUUGCCAUUGCCACGGGCGCCAUUCCCCCCUCUGCUGCUGCAGCGGCAGGGGCAGGGCUACAAGCGCUGCUGCUGGUGUCGUUCCUGGGUCACUUGCUCUGCUUCCUGCGUGCCUUAGCGAAAGACACUGCAGGGGUGGGGGUGAAGUAUUAUGAGGGUGCGUUUGGGAGGAGCAAGGGGCUGGGAGGUGGAGGGAGGGGGGGGAAUGUUAGGGGAGGAGCGGAGGGGGAAGAGCAGGGGUGUGCGGGGUCCGUCAGUGAGGCGGCUGGCACGGACCGAUCGGUGACUCUGACUGGAGGCUUUCUAGGCGGCCUGUCACUACUUGCAUACGGCCUCGUGCUCCUCUUCCUCGGCCCCUUUGGCUUCGGCUCUUCCAGAUCUGAUUCGGGCGGCGAUUCUGCGAGCCAAUCGGGGUGGAGGAGAGGGUGGGGCGUGGGGAGGAGUGGGGGAGGAGGAGAGGGGGACAGGGGCGGAUGGGGAGGGGGGAUAGGGGCGAGGUUUCACAUGGAGAGGCGGGGUGAGCUGGGAGGGUCGCCAGAGGCGGCUUUUCCUGUGAAGGGCAGCUCCAGGGGGAGCAGCAGAGGCAGGUCGGGCAGCCAGAGCUCCAGUGGUGACAACAGUAGCGGUGGUGGCGGCAGUAGUGGCGGUGGCGGUGGUGGCAGUGGUGGCAGGAAAGCUUCUAACGGCCCUGCUUAUAACGAGUAUGGUUCUCCGAGCCAGGUGACGGGGUCCGAGCCUAGACCGAACCAGUCUGGGGCCUCUCGUUUGGAUUCAGCAGGGCAAGCAGGUAUGGGGGAUAGAACCUCUAGGGGGAGGGAGAGAGGAGAGUCCGGGGGAAGGGGGGAAGGUGGGGAGGCGGGGGGAUAUGGAACGGACGAGGGGGAGGAGUGGCGGAACUCCCCCCGAGCGCUCAUGCAGCUGCUGCCUAUGCUGGCGCCCUCGUGGGCUACAGAAGGGGCGGGGGGGGAAGGAAGAGGGGGAGGGGGAGGGAACGGGGGAAAGGGGGGACGAGGAGGAGGGGAUGGGGCAUCAAGGGAAGGUGCUAGUGCUGCUGCUGCCGCUGCUGUUCCUGCUGGUGCUGGCACGGCAGGUGGGGGCGGUGCCGGGGUGUUGGGUGCGGUGCUGGGAGCAGGUGCUGCAGCAGCUGCGCUGGGUGUUGGCGUUGUGACUGCAGCUGCUGCUGCUGUCACUGGCACUGGCGCUCACAAGCAUGAGAGGCGAGGGGGGGGUAUGCACCUGCUCAGCCCCAGCAGGUGGGGGAAAAAGGGCCGGCAGGAGAGGGAGAAGCAGGGAAGGGAUGGAAGUGCACAUAUGGCAGUGGCUGCUCUUGGUAAUGCUCCUGCAGUUCCUGCCUCUCCCACUGCUGCUGUUGGUAAUGCUCCUGCAGUUCCUGCCUCUCCCACUGCUGCUGUUCCUGGCAAUGGUUCUCCAAGCCCGCUCUCUCCGCGGCGCCUCUCCCCGCUGCCUGUGCUGUGUGGCAACCACAGCGGCGCCCUGGCAGCAGCAGCAGGGGCGAGCGUGGGCGGUCCCUCCGCGUCUGCUGGGCCGUCAACCUCUCUGCACUCUGAUUCCUGGUCCUCCCUCUCCUCCCUCUCCUCCAGUGAGCGCUCUGCUGGCGCUGCUGCUGCUGCUGCUGCUGCACUGAUGGAGGGAGUGGGGGGAAGGAGAGGCGGGGGAGGGCGAGGGGAUCGGGGAGGGCGCGGGGAGGAUCCGUUUGGGGGGCUGCGGGCGAGGGUGGAGUAUUUGAGAAGCAGGCGGAUGCAGCAGGUGGGUGGGGGGGCUGGGAGAGAAGAGAGGGGUGCGAGAGGGGAGAGGAGAGAGGGGUUGGGGGGAGGAGGUGUGAGAGAAGGGAGGCGAGAAGGCAACAGGAGCAGAAGUGGGAGGGAGGAGAGGAGGAAGGGUAGAGAGAGGGGAAAAACGGGAGCAGGGGAAGGGGAGCUUGGUGGAGUGAGGGAGGGAGAGGAGCGGGAGGAGGGGCAGGAGAGAGGGGUAGAAGUGGUUGUAGACACGGAAACGAACAUGAGCUGGGCUUCUAGUGUGGGCUCUGGGGGUGGGCCGGAGUGGAUCAAAGAAAUGAAGGGGCGCGGAGGGGGGAAGUGGAGGAAAGGGAGGGGGGUGAACGGAAGCAGAGGAGGAGGGGGGGAGGGCGAGGAGGGGACGAUGGGGUCAGCGGCAUGGUCGGGGAUAGGCGGGGUGCGGGUGGACAGUAUGGGGUUCCGUGUUGACAGUGUCAAGUCCGUUCAGAAGCCUCAGGGCGACCAAACUCAUGGCGCUGCUCCACAUGCCAAGGCGGCUGCAGCUGGUGCUCAAGUUGGUGUUGCAGCAGCAGCAGCAGCAGCAGCAAGAGCGGGAGCAGGAGGAGAGGGCGAUCUAGGGCGGUCUGUUGUGGCCAGCUGCAGCGUGGGCCCUGAUUGCAGCCCCACCAUCCUCACCCCCACCUCGCACACCCCCAUCACUCCACACGACCACCAUCACACCCUCUCUCGCAACAAAUCUCUUGAUGCCGAUUCCGGUCCCGAUGAAUAUCCGUCCCCCUCCCUCUCCCCUUCCCCUUCGCACGCGCCUACCCCUAGAAGGCCGCACCGCCUGCCGUCCCUCCCUGAAGCGCCUCAGAGCACCUCUCCCGACCCCCGCCGGCCCUACACCCCACAGCCCAGAGCGGUGAAGAACGGUUAUGCAUGGUCCAGCAGGCACGCUGCGUAUGGCACAGACACUGAAGCUUCUAGGGAAGCUUCUGAGGUGACUCCAGGGGCGUUCCCCCCUGCUUCUGAUGCUGCUGCCGGUGUUGCUGUUGCGGAUGGGGCAGGUGCAUCUGGAGCAGGUGUAUCUGGGGCAGGUGCGGUGGUUCAGGCCGUUGGUAUGCCCAAGGCUGCUUUUGCGGUCACCCCACAGCUGAACCCUCAACGUAGACCCAACCGUGUUCGACCCUCCGCCUCCUCCUCUCGCUCCCUCUCUGCUUCUUCUCAGGCGUCCAGUGCUACAGCUGCCGUGCCGUCCUCCCCCUCGGCCCUCACGGUAGAUGCGGCUGUGGAAGCCAUGGCUGCUGCAGCAGGGGGCGAUCCCGCCCUACAGCCAGGGAUCUGGGGCAUGGUGGCUGGUGCUGCUGGGUCCAUCAUGGGAAGCUUCUGGGGUGCUUCUCCCGAGGAUGGGAGAGGGAUGGAGGGGAGUGGGAAGAGAGGAGGGAGUGGAGCGGAUAUGGAGGGUUCUCUAUCACAACUUGACGGAUCUCUUUCGCAAAUGGAAGGCUCCCUCUCUCAAAUGGAAGGCUCCCUCUCUCAAAUGGAAGGGUCUCUUUCGCAACUCAAUGGCUCCAUGUCUCAGACCCUCACACCCCUCUCCUCCGUCUCUACCCCACCUUCCCUCUCCUCGCCCUCCACCUCUCCAUCCGCUCUCUCUAACACCCUAUCCAACGACAAAGAACCUCACUCUCUCUCUCGCAGCAUCACCCCUCUCGCCUCCCUCACUCCCGCCUCCUCGCUCUCCCCUCUCUCCUCCGCCGCCCCCCUCUCCUCCCUCUCCUCGCCCCAAUCAAGCUGCGACACCUCAGCAUCCGGCUCGCAGGCUGCAGGGAAGGGGUAUGAGCAGGGAGCGGCUGUCUUUGAGGCGCCUCAGAGAAAUAAGGGCCAUGAGCACGGGGCACUGGCGGAGGCAGCAGGGCGCAAGGAGGGGCGAGAGGCAGCAGCACUGGCGCUGCCGCCAAACCGAGGUGCCCAGUCAGAUGCUCGCGCUGCAUCGGGCUCGAGCGGGCAGCUGAACGGGCAGGUUAACGGGCAGACAGGUUCCUUUUCAGGGUCGCAGGGUGGUUCUUGUGGCGAUGAUGUGUCACUCUCCCCUCUCUCCACCUCGCUGCUCUCCCCGUCCGCCCUCUCUGGCUCGCUGUCUGCAUCAGAGGGAGGGGGCUUGAGCGCUGUCAGGGAGGAGAUUGAAAGGAGGAUAAGGGAGACCAGCCGGGCACUGGAGACUGAGGGGAGGGUGGAGGGGAAGAAAGGGGAGGGCGAGCGGAGUGGGGGAGGAGGUGGGGGAGUGAGGCAUUGGGGGAGAGAGGGAAAAAAGGUGGAGGAAGAGGAGAAGAGAAUGGAGGGUGGCGAGGAGGGGGAGGAGGAGAGGAGAGGCGAGGAGGAGAGGAGAGGUGAGGAGGAGAGGGAUGAGAGUCCGCUGAGGAGAAUGCCCGUGUGGGGCGAUGAGGCAGACGACAACAGUGCCACCUCGCCCUCGCCCAUUGGGGGUGGGAUGAUGGGUAAGACGGGCAGGCGUCUGUUUGACAGGUAUGGGGCAGUGAGAGAGACUGGGCAUGCCGCAAGUGCUGCUGCUGCUGUCGCUGCUGGGUCUGCUGCUGCGGUUGGAGGGGACAUGGCAGCAGCAGCGAGAGUGUCUGCCUUGGUUGGGCGAUCAGCUGCUUCUGAUGUGCUAGGGAAAAAGCUAGGUGAGACGCAUGGCAGGGCAGGAGCAAGGCAUGGUGAAGCGGACACACCACCUGUUGCAUGGACCGUUGCAGCAGUGCCUAAAGUAGCGGAGGAGAAGGAGGCAGAUGAGGAGGCAGCAGGGGGCGAACAUCAGACUGCUCUGCAGUGCGCCAACAUACAAGAAGCGAUCCGCCCACGCAGGGAGCAUCUCAACGGAGGCUCGGCACGACGGAGCUCUGGUGACUCUAGUUCGGGAAGCCGUGGUUCGGCGAGCUCUUGGUCUGGUGAAGCCAGGAAGGAGGGAACGUGGCAGAAGGGGGAUGGCCUGGGUGGGGUGGCGUCAGGAGCAGCAUUUAGUGCCACAUGUCAGAAUCCUAGUGGCUCGUGGCCAAGCUAUGACAUCCAGGUGUCUGCCUCUGUUUCUGACUCUAAGGGACAGACAUCCAUCCCUUCUCCCUCCCACCCUUCCUCGCCCUCCCCCUCCUCCCCCUCUUCCCCCUCUUCCCCCUCUUCCCCCUCUUCCCGCCUCCCUUCACCCUCUCCCUCCGCCUCUCCGUUCCUCCCCUCUGGUAGUUCGCUGCCUUCCAUUGAAAUCUCCAACUCCCCGUUUCUGUCACUCUCUGGAUCGAAGGAACAGACAUCCAUCCCUCCUCCCUCCGACCCCUCCUCCCCCUCCUCCCCUUCCUCGCCCUCCCUUUCCGCCUCCCCCUCCCGCUCGCCGUUCCUUCCCUCUGGUAGUUCGCUGCCCUCCAUUGAAGUCACCAACUCCCCGUUAGUGUCACUGUCACCGUCGAUCAGCAGGCCUGGGCAGCCAUCACCCUCGUUACAGUCACCCUCUGUGAGCACAGCAGGCGUGUGGGGCAAGGGAGGCAUGCAGGGGUGGGGCAUUGAUGAGACGGAGAGGGGUGAGGGGGAGCGAGGUGAUGAGAAGGGAAAGAGUGGCGGAGGGAGGGAGAGCAGCGGAGUGGGGAGGUGGAACGAGGAGAGGGGGUUCUUAAGCAGGCGAGCUCCUAGUGGCAGCAGCCAGGAGGUUGAGGAGGAGGAGGAGGAGGAUGAGAAGGAAGAGGAGGAGGAAGAGGAGGAUGAGAGGGAAGAGGAGGAGCAGGAGGAGGAUGAUGGAGAUGAGGAUUGGGAUGGAGAUUGGAAUGGGGAUGCGGGUGGGUAUGGGGACGUGGGUAUGGAUGAUGACGGGGAUGAAUAUCAAGAUGAUGAGUCACAGGAGGUGGGAACAGGGGGUGUGGGGAGAGUGCUGUCAGCAGCACGCAGGGCGGAGGGGAGGGGUAGGAUAAUCAUGAUGGCACGCGGAAGGGGGAGGGGAGUGCGGAGGGGCGGGCGGGGGCAGCAGGAGGUGGUUCCGGAGGUGGCGAGGAUGAUCCGGCCUCAAGCGCCCCUGCGGCUGAGCUAUGGCGUGAGCCCCGAGGCACUGCGCACGGUGAAGCUGCGGCGCGUGCGCGAUGGGGAGGAGGGGGGUGUGAGGUGGGAAGGGGGGAGGAGGGAGGAGGAGAGGGAGGAGGAGAGGAGGGAGGAGAGGAGGGAGGAGGAGAGGAGGGAGGAGGAGAGGAAGACAGAGCAUUUAAGCCGGGUCAAGCAAGAAGGUGACAGGUGGCAUGGGGGAGACAGGCUUACAAAUGGAGACAGCACUCGGGAGGGGGUGCAGACUAGUCUGCGCGAGUCCACUGCCAGCAACGCAUCAGUGUAUAACGUGUACAGAGGGGUGGGAGCGGAUCCUGGUGCUUCCGUGUCCACUGCCGGGCGAGCAGCUGAGUCGGACAGCCAAGGCGGCACCGUUGGGGGUGCAAGUGGGGGAGGUGGGCUGCCGGUGUGGGGGGGACGGGCGCGGAUGGUGACUGCUGUGGGGAGAGAGGAGGGAGAGACGGGGCAUGGUAGAGGGAGAGGGAGGGGGAGGGGGAGAUUAGGAGAGAAGCUGAAAGAAAGUCCGUUCUUGAAAAACAGCACCUGCGAGUCAGCUACAGAACAUGGGUAA